UACCUGUCCAAAUAUUUCUUUGAGUGCUUCCUUGAUAUAAAAUGAAAAUUGUCGGUCAUUCACAUCAAUGUCGUUGCCCUUUUUAUCGAGAACAUUUCUAAAUAAGUAAAAUUGACAAGGUUAAUGAAAUUAAAUUGAAGUAUUAGUAAAAAUAAAUAAAUGACAUAGUUUACUCACAAUGUAACUUCUAGGAAGUAAUAAGAACACAUAGUCGUUGUAUCUUCGCCAUGUAUUUUAUUUUUAUUCGAUGGUGUGUACCUGUGUAGUCUAAAGUCUUGUAUGUUGGAAAAAAAAUAUACAAAAAACCGACCUACCUAAACAUAAAAAUUAAGUUGCAUAUCAUCAGAGAGAUUGCGAAUAAGAUUUUUAAGAAUAAGAUUAGACAUAAUUUUGAGGUUAACUCUGAAAUUCAGAUGGAGAUUGGAGAACAUAGGCAACGGAACGAACAAUCAGUGUGACCAAUGGAAGAAACGCCGGUCUCGCGUGUUAGGUUAAGUUGUCAUUUCGGCGGCGGACCUAUCAUCGGUGGAUAAAAAAAAUCUCACGAAUUCGCGAUUGUUAUAACAAUAUCUAUACAUAUUACUAUUUUAUUAUUCUCUCAACGGUCAAAUAUCAGCUCGUUACUAGUUAGUGGUUCGUCUCACUCCCGCUGACGUCGUCGCGUACUUCAGUUACAACUCAUGACCAACGACACCUCCAUCGACCGCAGACUACCAAAGUACCAACACUACCAACUACCAACAGUUCUGUUUGUGUGCGUGUGACGUGUGUGUUCCGUCACCCGCCGUCUUUGCCUAUCGUGUGAUUCGUGAGUCGAUCGAUCUCGCGCAGUUCGCCGACGCUGCUUUUUGUGUGUCUGGUGGUUUUUCGUCUGUUGUCUUCGCCGUAAUCGACCACACGUCUAAAUGGGUAGCGUGAACAACGCUGUCCGUUGCGGUUUCAUAUGUCGUUUGUGUUCUAAAAUCGAUAAACGUGUUGUUCAUAUUUAUGGCGAACUAGGCAGAAAAUACAAUUUGGUCCAAAAGAUCAGGGACUAUUUGCCCAUAAAGGUAGGCAAUAUUAAACUAUUAUCAUCUGUCAUGGCUUAAAUUGUUAAUAAAACAUAUCGGGCAACUGUAUAGGACGUUUUAGGUACCUAUUCAAUGUCUAAAUUCGGGUGUAGAUUUUUAUAUUUUUGUCCUAUUGAAUUUCAUUAUUAUGUUUCGAAACGCGUAUGAUGAAAUCGGUGUGUGUGUGUAGUAAUGUUAUAUGUAUAUGCACACACAUACACGCGCGCUUAUAGAUUGUGUCCGUCUGCGCGUGUGUUGCGUUAUCACGGGCCGUUGAUUUAGUGCUAAAAAGUGUGUAGAAACACAAGCUAUACACGGUAACGUAAUAUUUUGAUUUUUGACGAAACGUCCCAACCAUCAUUGGGCCCGGCAAUCUUGGACGUAUUUCCAAUUUUCUAUUUGUUUUCAUCUCCUGGAUAUUAUUUUUUUUGUGGGACAAUUUUUUUACCUAUUGCUGGUCCAUCAUUACCACAACCUUGACCUCAGGUUUUUGGUGAACUAUUUUUUUUUUUCAGGGUUAUUAAAAGUGUGUUACUUUCAUAGACGUCGAGGACGCCACAGCCUUGAUGCUUGAGCUCCUUAUGUAUACACAAUAUAGGUACUACUAUUAUUAAAUGAUCAGUAAUCGUUAUUAAAUUUAUUUUGUAUCCAUAUAGCAUUCUAAGUACAUAAUAUAUUGUCUGCAUAAUAAUAUAUUGCGCACAUGACUUAUCCAUGGGUUUAAGCCUAUACAAGUAUUCUACAUUUAUUCGGAAUUUUUUAAAUUUAUUAAACACACUACUUUUUUUUGCACUUCAAGGAUUUAUGCAAUAUUGGCUUUCUAAGUGAAUUGUGAUUUUUGUUCUAUUUACAAAUUAUAUUUUAUUGAAAUUUAUCAGGUCAAAUACUGGAAUAUCAAUACUCUGAUGAUCUUUUUUAGUAUUUCCCAUGGUCUAGAAGUAACCUUGACCUAACCCGAUAUACUCGAUUACCUACUCUUUGGAUAUAUUUUAAAUUAAAAGUAGGUACCUAUUCAAAAAUAAGUCAAGGAUAUUAAAUUGGUUACACUAAUGAAAUCCGACAGUAUGCAAUUUUAGCAAUGGUGAUGUCAUAUAAAUGAGGUUCCGUGGCACUGGAAAGUAUUAUAAGAUGAGAUUUUGAGGGAUUUUUUUAUACCCUGGUACCUAUUUACAACAUAUUUAUGUUUUCAAAUGAUUGGCAGCUCACUUAAUUAUUUAUCUUAACAAAUUGUUUGAAAUAAAAAUUAGAUCAUAGUACUUAUAUUUAUAUUUAGAUAGCCUACUGAAAAAUUAACUUAUAGGUACAAUUUUAUUUUUCCAUGCUUAUGUACCUAGUACCUAUAUUAAAUUCCUUUCUUUCAUUUGAUAAUAAGUUCUUUUAUAUUGUUAGGUGGGUACCUGUAUGUUUUAAUUUAAUUUUUAUAACUACAUGUAAAUAGAUACUUAUUUAUAAUUUAAUAAUUAGCCUUUUGGUAUUAGAACAAUUUACAAGUCUUAAUAUUAAUAAUGCUUAUUUAGUAGGUAUAUAGGUGUAUGUUUUAGUAAUAUGUACUUAAAAGAUAGUAAUAAUACUGUUGUUAUUAUUUUUGAUUGUUAUAUUUAUUUAUCUUUUGUACACUAAUACUACGUCAUAUGCAAUAAAUAAAAAAAAGAUGGUACCUAGUAGUAGGCUACAAAAUAUAAAACAAAUAAGUAAUAUUAUUAUUGAAUCAUUUUGUUUUUUGUUAUAGGUCCCUUAAAAAACUAAUGUUUGAUUUUAAACCAUACUAAAUUAUUUUAAUAUUAACAAAUAUCUCUGGUUGUGGAUUUGACAAUUGGUUUUUUUUUUUUAAAAUUAACUUGUGAUAACAAUAACAUUGAAGUGCCCUUGAUUUGUUAUUUAUAGUUUUUAUAAAUUUUCAUACUUAUUAUUUAAAAUAAAAGUUUUUUUUUUCAUUUUAUAAUAUUUUAGAAGAAAGGAAUGGAUUUAACGAUAUUAUUUUGAGUAAUCAAGUAUGUUGAUUUUUAUGGAUUAAGAAAUGAGUAAUCACUUUGGUUAUUCAUGUAGGAAUAUGUGUUAGUAGUUUUUAUUUUUAUCUAGCUUAGAAAAAAAUGUAGUACUACAAAAUUAUUGUGCAGACAAAAGAUAUACCUAAGGUGACUUUUUAAGUAUACCUAUCUGUCUUAUAUCUACUUUUAGUAGUUGUACGUUUUUCAUAAUAGAAUGUUAAAAAAUGUAGUAUUUAGGUACCUGCUUCAAAUUAAACAUUUUUGGUUAAUCUAAAUCUUUAUUUUUAAACAUAGGUACCUACGUGUUUUUUCUUUUAUUCUACUAUACUCAAUUCAGAAUAAAAGUAAACCAUGAAUAAACUGGAGUGAGGACAAAAACACUCCAGUGUCUGUGCAAAUAAUCCCACUCUGCAACCUGCACUGUUGCCUCUACUCAUUUGCCCAUCGUACAGCACCAUGUGCAGCAGUUGUGCAUGCAUGGACCAGUGUACUAUUAUUCUGAAUAGAGUAUAGUUCUCUUUUAAUAAAAUAAAUUGUAUCCUCUGAUCCUCAGCGAAUUCCUUAGAAGAUUCUAAAUUAUAAUUAGGUUAGAUUCUUGUUAUAAUAUGAUGAUUAUCAAGUUCAUUAACAUGUGUAAGAAAUCUUAUUUAUAAUCAAUCCAAAUAAAUGUAUUGUCAUGUAUAUUUCGAAAAUUUUCAUUUUUUUCUCUUAAUACUUAUUGGGUUGUACUCAUAACUAACACUAGAUGCCUAGUCUGAAUGGUUUUUUAGACUAUAUUUGCUGUAGGUUUUUUCAUUUACAAACAUAUUUUUUUUUUAUGAAUAAUGAUAAUUGUUUUAUUAUUAAAAGGAUUUUUAAUAAUAAUGAAUUUAUACAGGGUGAUCAAUCUACUGUGAGAUAUAUUCAUUAUCUCGUAAAGUAUACAAUUUUUUGAGAAUUUUCUUUUUAAAAAUUUUAAGAUAAAUAGUUUUAAUGUUCUACAUUGUCUUAUUUUUUUUUAUUUGGUGUUGCAACCACUACCAAAACUGUAUUUUCAGUUGGCAAUUGUUAUGGGAAUUUCAUUAUUUCAACUAAAACUACAUUACCUACAUACCUAUUUAUGGAAGUAUUUAUUAUGAGUAACAAUUUUUUUUUUAUGUUUAUUUUAAUAAAAACUACAUUAGUACUAAUGUUGUAUUUCAAUAUUAUCGAGAUUAUUCAAUAAAUUGUAUGUUAUCAACAGUAAAAAAUAUCUUAUAAAUUUACUUAUGAUUUUGUAUUAAAGAAUACACAAGAGGAAACCUUAACAAUUUGAUAAAGUAUUAAAUUUUAAUUACGGUAAGGUACCAAGAACAUAUUGAUUUUAAUCAAUGGAAUAUAUUAGUUUUAGUAAGUAUGUAUGUGUGUCUGUUUUUUUUUUGGUUUCUGAAAAAGUUUUAAUAUUGGAAAUCUUGCUUUGAUCAAAUGUAUCAUUUUUUCUAAAAAUUGCGGGAAUAAUUGUUUGUCUAGUUGGUAAAUGGGCAAAGUCGUUUUGAUUUUCCUUUUAGUUAGCAAUAUUUAAUUAUUAAGUUUCUUAGUAUAAGUAGGUACUGUUAAACAUAAUCGAAAAAACCUGAUUUAUAUACAGAAUGUUAAAAUUAGCUAUUUUUAAAAAUUUAAGAAUUUAAUUUUCGAAAUUUAUAUACUUGAAAUUGUGCAGUUUUUAGUUUUUAUUUCGUACUUAACCAGAUAAAAUUGUUUUGAUUUAGCAGAAUGCACAAAAAUUGAACGCAAGUUUUAUAAUCAACAAAAUAAAAAUACUCUCAUGAAUUCAUAGCCCUACUAGUAGCGUUUUAAAUUCCAAUUUACAAAAAAAAAAAUUGUAAAAGUCAUGAAUUUUCAAAACAUGUUUAACCGAACUUGAACCUAAAUUUCAUUAACAAUGUUUUAUCGUUCCAUAUAGAUAUAAAUUAAAUAACUCUUAUGUAUCAACCUUCCCAACUUCCCACCUACAAUAGUGGUGAUAUACCUGUCAGCAGUAGGUAUUGACUAUUUUUUUGUUAUCUAAUUUAAUAUCUUGUUCAAUAAGUACACAUUUAAAUUAUUUUAUUUUAUCAUGACACAUUUGUUAAUAUCUAACAUAAAUUCCUAAAUAGAUAGGUAAUGUUGUUUUACUUGAAAUAAUAAAAUUCUAAUGACAAUUACUAAUUGAAAAUACAAUUUAGGCAGUGUUGCAACAACAAAUGUAGGCAAUGUAAAACAUUAAAACAAUUUUUCUUUUUUAAAAAGAAAAUUCUAAAAAAAAAAAGAAAAUUAUAUACUUUUCGAGAUAAUGAAUGUUUCUCACAGUAGAUUGAUCACUGUAUAAAUUCAUUAUUACUAAAGGACUUUUAAUAAUAAAACAAUUCAUCAUCAUGAUAUAUUUUAGAAGUCAUACAUGUUAUUUAUUUAAUUAAUAUUUAUAUAUUUACAAAAUACACAAUAUUUAUAUACAGGGUGAUUCAUUAAGUAUGCUCGCCCCAUUUUUAUCAUUCAAUUUUGCAUACAUCCAAAUUCUAAUUUUGGAAUUUUUAAGUCUUGUUAAAGCUGAUAUUUUUUAUGGUAUUAUUUAAGGAGUAUCCUGCGGCAAUAUAAACUUUGGUUUUACAAAUGAGAAUCAUUAUUAAAAAUACCAUAUAUAGUUGGAGUAUUAGUUUAAAUACAUUUUUAUUGUCAUUCAUGAGAUUUCCACUUUUAAAUUUGGGUUGAGGGAUAUAGUGAAACACUAUGAAAAAGCAGCUCACUUCGCUGUCACAUAAAUUAUGCUUUUUAGAAUGUUCUUAGUAUUUUAAAGUAGAAUGAACUUUUUUUAUUCAAAUUUUAAAUAGAAUAUGUCAAAAUUUUCAAAAAAAAUCUGAUGUAGACAGUCAACAUUUGACAUAAGUUUUAAUGCAAAUCGUAAAAAAAAAAAUUGUAUUCAAAAAUAAUGAUUUAAACUACAUUUAAAAAAUUCCUAUACUGGCUAUACUUAAUAAAUCACUCUGUAUAGGUGGUACACUAAAAUUUGUAUUCAUUAUAUACAUGUAUAAAAAAAAAAAAUAUAUAUAUAUAUAUAUAUUAUGUUUUAUUUUGUUUCAGAUCAAGUCUUCUGAUGGAUUGCCUCUUACAUUAUGUGUUUCAUGUGUACAGAGAUUAAAUCGUAGGCACUCAUUACAAAUGGCAUUAUUAAAAAAUAAUAGUGCACGUGUAUUGGCUCGUACUAGUGUACAAUCUGACACUGAAAGAUCCGAAUCCGAGUGUAAUCAACAAAUACAGUUCAGCCCUGCUGCAGUACAGUCAAUUUGAUUUUCAUCUUCUUUUAUUGUGUACAUACCUAUUUUUUUUUCCAAUGAAGACUGUUAAAAAUUGAGUUCAAAACACAUGAGAUAAAAAUGAAUAUACAUUUUAUUCAAAUUUGUCAGUCUCAUCUGUGAAUUACUAAAUAUGUUUACUAACGGUUUUUAUUAAAUUUAAGUCAAACAAUAAGGUUUUAUUUAACAAAAGUAAUUUUAAGUACCUAAAUAAUAAUUAUAUUAUUAUAUUUUACAUUUAAAAUACUAAAAUAAUUUAUUUUUGAUUAUAUUUAAGUUCAUUUUAAGCUUCAGUGCUUGUUUUAUUUUAAAAUAGUAUUGAUGUGUAGACCUAUUAGAAAUACUGUGUAGGCUUAGUCAAAAUAAAAUAUGUUAAUACUAAAUAAUAAUAAUAUCCAAAGUACUAUUGCAUUUGACAAUUAUGUAUUCUUCAAGUUUUAUAAAAAAAAGAAAAACCAUAGAAAAAAAGUAAAUCUACGCUUAAUUUAAACAAUGCAUAUAUAUUUAAUAUUGUUUUUUUUUUUUUACUUUGAAUAGUUACAUAUAUAAAGUUAUCUAUAGUUCAGAAAAGGGUUUUCAUUAUAAUUUAUUAAACCACCACUAUAUUUAAAUAUUAUGGCGUGCCAUUUUACUUUAAUUUAAUGAUUAAUUUUUUGUUCAAUCAUUCACAUUAAAAAUAAUUUAAAUAAACUUUUCCUGAUCUCAAACUUAUGGGAAGGUUUUUAGUGCAGAUUUGUUAAAUUUUAACAUAUUAAAUUUGACUUCCUGAAAUAAUUUAUCUUUAACAUGGUAAAUUGAUUUUGUAUUAAAAUCAGUGCCUAUAAAAUUCAAUUUAAAGUAUUAAGAUUAAAUAAUAAUUAAUUUAAUGAUAUAUUACCUUUUAGUUUUAGAAUUAUAGUUCAAUAAGUGCAAUAUGAAUUGGCGCUGAAUAAAUUUAGUUUAAAUCGUAUAACUUAUCAUGUUUUAUUAAAUAUUUCUCUCUAUCUUUAUUUUUAUUUUUAUUUUUUAAAUAUGGACAUGUUAUCUAAAUUUUUGUGUUACCCUUUUUUUUUUUCUAGAUUUUUUUGAGUAUUUUGUAAUGUACAAUGUACCUACAUUUAAUUUAAUAUGUUUUACUUCUUUUUGUUAACUUGACCCGCAAUAUAAAUAAUUUUUAAGAUAUAAAAAGAUAGUAUUAUUUUAUAGAAAACCUAUAUCUAUUUGUGUUAUAACUAUAUAAAUCAAUAUUUUAUAUUCUUUAUAUUUAUUUGUUCUUAGGUUGGGAAAAUUGGUAAUGCUCCCAAAAUGUUACUUAAGUGGCAUGCAAUAUAUAUAAAUAUAUUAUAUAUUUUUUGAUGAAAAUGUGAAAUGCGAUAUAACAAUUGCACCACUAUAAUGUUGUGUCACAAAUUAUUUGCAAUACUAUUGAAAUUAAUCAACAAUCCAUUAUGGGCAAAAUAUAAUAACAUUUAAUUUUGGAUUAUUGUUUAAGAAUGAUUCUGUAGAAUAACUUGUUUACACGUAAUUACAAAUGUAUAUUGUUUUUCUUGGUAAAAUAUUAUCAGAAAAAAGUAAAUAAAAUGAAGAGUAACUAUGUACAAUGUAUUAUAAAAAUGAUUUCAAUUUUAGUCAGUAUUUUUUAAAAUAAAAUAUUUUUUACCUACGUACCUGUUUUGUGGAACUAUAUUUUAUUUUUCCAUUGCCUUAUUAAAUU